UCAACAUAUUCUCGUGGCAAUCGUGUAGAAGCCGUAAUUACGAGGACGACGCGUCAAACUCCCACCAAUUUGAACUUGAUCCUCGCGAAACAGAUACGGCUACGGGCGAGUUCGCCAACACGACGCGGAAUAUAUAUAUUGAAAACAACCAUCACUGCACUAAACUUGGUGCAACGCCAAACAGAGAGCACCACAUACCUGCCACAAUGCCCGCCAGAGUAGUGCCAACCAGGUCCGCAAGGACGUCAACGGCAGUGUCUUACAAAUCGUCGGCGCAAACCCUCAAUUCUACACGAGCAUCAAUAGCAUCGCGUGUAUCUGCGCCAUACGUGGAGAUACCGGAAGAUGCCCCGGAGACAGCAUUGCGAACGCAGAUAUGCGCAAUAUUCCGCGACGCACAGAAAUCAACCACAGGCCAUCGAAAGCUGGUGAUCAAUUUACGGAAGAUACAGGAGGCAUGUUGCUAUGAACCAUCAAGCAAGCAGAAAAAGACCGGCGCGGAAGAUUUUGAUGAGGAUGAAUUCAACUAUGAAGUCACCAGGUGUGUCGUAAGGGUGAUGCCGGUGAAAAAGAGCGAGGCUGCAGGCGAAAGGGUUAUUCUCUUUAUUGGCCUAUUUCUGCGCCAUGCCAACGAUAAGGACAAUGAGCUUGUCCCUAUGGAGGAUGAUGAUAUGGGGGCGCUAGUCGAGACGCCGAGCACUAGGUUGACAGCCCAAGUCAUGAAGACAGUGCUCUCGCUUCUUACGGCAAAGGAAAAGUUUGUGAGAUUUAGGGCUACCCAACUUAUUUCACACCUAGUCAACUCUCUUGAUUCUAUGGAUGACGACCUUUUCCAGCUGUUGCGCCAUGGGCUCCUCAAAAGAAUCCGUGAUAAGGAGGCCAUGGUCCGCGUCCAGGCUGUACUCGCUCUUGGCCGGUUGGCUGGAAAUGAGGCUGAGGGAGAAAUCAACUCAGAUGAUAGUGAUGAGGAGUCCAGGGUAGGAUUGCUCGAGAAGCUGCUCGGUGUGUUACAAAACGACCCAAGCGCAGAUGUCCGGCGGUCACUGCUGAUUAAUCUGCCAAUUCUUCCUGCCACGCUUCCAUUCUUGCUAGAGCGAGCGCGAGAUCAAGACCCGGCGACAAGGCGAGCUCUGUACUCGCGUCUCCUUCCAGCUCUUGGUGACUUCCGCCAUCUUUCCCUCGCCAUGCGCGAGAAGCUUCUGCGGUGGGGACUCCGAGACCGCGAUGAAAAUGUCCGGAAAGCUGCGGGCAAACUCUUCCGCGAUAGGUGGAUUGAGGAUUGCGCGGGAAUUCCAGAAGAAGCUGUAGCCGAUGCCGAGGCACCACCUCCCAACUUUGAGGCUCUCCAAGAACUGCUAGAGCGCAUCGAUGUCGUCAACUCAGGAGUCGAGAAUGGUGUCGCUCUUGAGGCCAUGAGAGGUUUUUGGGAAGGCAGAGUGGAUUAUCGCGAAGCUGUUGUAUUUGACAACCUAUUCUGGGACACCCUGAGCGCUGAAUCCGUAUUUAUGGCACGAAGCUUUAAUGACUAUUGCCGGAAUGAGGGUAGCAACAAGUUGGAGGCGUUAGUCGAAGACAAGAUGCCCGAAGUGACCAAACUCGCCUACUACCUCCAGCGCUACAUCAAUGUCCUUGUCGAGGCGCUGAAGAGGGUUGCUCAGCAAUCCCCAGAGGAGGAGGAGGAGGAGGAAGAUACUGUGGAACAGGAAUUCAUCGUUGAACAACUCCUCCACAUCGCCCAUACGCUUGACUAUUCCGACGAAGUUGGACGAAGGAAAAUGUUUGCAUUACUACGCCAGUCUCUUUCUGUGCCAGAUCUUCCUGAAGAAGCCACCAAGUUGAUCGUUGAGACACUUCGUGGCAUAUGUGCAGGCGACGUGGCCGGAGAGCGAGAGUUUGUCAGUAUCGUUCUCGAAGCUGUCGCUGAUAUCCAUGAUACAAUUAUGGACGAACCAGCUGAGGAUGAUGUCGAUGAGAGCUUCCACUCCGCAAGGUCAGAGAUCAGUGACGCGGAAAGCAAUUCAAAGAAGCCGAAGCCAGAGAUGAGUGAGGAAGAACUUCAGGAUAAGUCCAUUAAGGAGAUCAUGGUAAACAUGAAGUGCUUGCACAUAGUUCAGUGCAUGUUGCAAAAUGUUGAAGGAAAUCUUCAGCAGAAUGUUGACCUCGUGGCAAUGCUGAACAAUUUGGUUGUUCCGGCAGUGCGAAGCCAUGAAGCUCCGGUUCGCGAACGUGGACUGUUGUGCCUUGGACUCUGUUCUUUGCUGGACAAGUCAUUGGCAGAGGAGAACCUGAACCUCUUCAUGCACUUCUUCAGCAAGGGCCAUGCAGCCCUCCAGAUUACAGCCCUUCAGAUUCUCACGGAUAUUCUUACACAACACGGGUCUCAUCUUCUCGAAUCCAACCCACCGCUCCUCAAGGUCUACCUCAAGGCAUUGAAGAACGGAUCCAAGGGCCCAGAAGUCCAGGCUGCCACUACUGUGGCCGUCUGCAAAUUACUUCUCGGCCGCGUCAUCCAAGAUUCAGAUGCUGCCAACGAUCUUCUCAAGACCCUCAUCGUCGCAUAUUUCGAUCCUUCUACUCAGAGCAACCAGGGGGUUCGACAGACACUCUCGUACUUCCUGCCAGUAUACAGCUACAGUCGUAAGGAGAACCAAGACCGCAUAAGGUCUGUUGCCGUGGAUGCUCUCCAUGUGUUAUACAAUAUUCAUGAAUCACUCGACGAUGAAGAUGAGGAUAUUGAGAUGGUCAGCUUGAGCGUCAUUGGCGCGCACCUUGUCGAUUGGACCGAUCCAAGGAAGUGCUACGUUCCCGGUAACUCCAUGAGUAUCGCCGAUGAGGGCGCGAAGAAGGCCGUUAACGGCGACGUUCACCUUGAUCUCGCAAGUGACAUUUUGGACCGUAUGAACAAUGCUACCAAAGAAGAGAAGAAAAUCCUCGCGCCUCUUUUCGGGAAGGUACAUAUUUCCGCGGCAUCAUCACAAGACAAGAUACGCGUUCUCUAUGACGAAAUUUGCAUCGCCGUCGGGGAUAAGCUCGUCCUUGAUGCCACAGGGCGAAAUGCUUUGUUCAAAAUCCAUAUCAGCCUGGGCAAAAUUGUGAAUAACCUGGCCCAGAAGCAGGGCCCGAACAGCAGCCUCCCACGAGAUAGGGGCAGCGCAACCCCUGAAACAGAAGUCGGGGAGGCGAAUGAGGAUGAGGAUGCAGAUGAGAGGACAAUAACGACGGUACAGCAGGAUGGUGCAGAUGAGAGGACAGUUAUGACGGUAGAGCAGGAUGAUGUUGAUGACGAACAAGAUGAAGACACGAUCGGGGCAUUAGUCCAGGAGCAGUUGAACGAAGGGCGCGAGGGAGGUGAGCUAUCGAUGCUGGGCGAGACGAGCGUGUUGGCCACAAGGCCGAAGAGGAAUCAGCGGCCCAGAGAUUCAUUGGUGGAAGAGCUCUUGAGUGAUGAGGAUGAUAUGUAAUAACGCAUGUGGGAUAUGGCGUUUUGACACGGUUUAUGUAGUUUGACUGGUAUUCAGUAUUCAUAGAUGAAUGAUUAAUGAAAUUUACACGCG